AUGACCCAAGAGUUCGACAUGUCCACCUACCUGAGUACCCUCAAGGUCAUGGGCCGCUUCCACAAUGUCGGUCUGCCCGACUACGACCUCCCUGCCAUGAAGGCCCAGGACUUUGCACCCAACGGAUCCUACAUUGGUGCCAGUCACAUCGGUAACCACCCCGAGAUGGUCGCCAUGCUUGAGCUGGCUUCCAAGCAGAACAUCAGGUCUUGGAUCGAGACCAUUCCCAUCUCACCCGAGGGCUGCGCUAAAGCCGUCACCGGUGUCAAGGAGAACAAGGUUCGCUACCGCUACACUCUUACCGGUUUCGACGAGGCUUUCGGCAAGCGCUAUUAA